UUGUAGUAGACACUAAUCACCAUGAUGAAGUACUUGAAACUCACUACAUUCUUCUUCUUCUUUGCUUCUUUUAUCUCUAGAAACAGGGCUUUUGAUCCUUGUGUAUCCCAAUCGGACGGCUCAGAUCUCUCGGUCAUUCCCAUCUAUAGCAAAUGCUCUCCUUUCAAGCCACCAAAGGCUGACUCAAUGGUCAACACGGUCAUCAACAUGGCCUCAAAAGACCCACAACGGCUCAAAUAUCUGUCUAGCCUGGCGGCCCAAAAGACCACCUCGGCCCCCAUUGCUUCGGGCCAGCAGCUCCACAUUGGCAACUACGUAGUACGGGCCAAGAUUGGCACCCCGGGCCAGCUCCUUUUCAUGGUCCUGGACACCAGCAACGACGCCGCGUGGGCCCCAUGCUCGGGCUGCACCGGCUGCUCCUCCACCACCUUCUCCCCAAACUUGUCGAGCACUUUCGGCCCAUUGGACUGCUCCGUGGCCCAAUGCACCCAAGUUCGCGGGCUUUCUUGCCCCACCACGGGCGCCGCCUCCCCAUGCCUCUUCAACCAAUCAUACGGCGGAGAUUCCUCCUUCUCCGCAACCCUAGCCCAAGACUCGCUCCGCCUCGCCACCGACAUCAUCCCCAAUUUCGCCUUCGGGUGCAUCAAUGCCGCCUCCGGUAGCUCAGUCCCACCGCAAGGCUUGUUGGGCUUGGGCCGCGGGCCCUUGUCGUUACUCUCCCAGUCCAACUCCCUCUACUCUGGUGUGUUCUCCUACUGCCUCCCUAGCUUCAAGUCCUACUACUUCUCCGGGUCGCUGAAGCUCGGCCCACUGGGCCAGCCCAAGAAUAUCCGUACCACCCCUCUCCUCCUUAACCCGCACCGCCCAUCCCUCUACUACGUAAACCUAACCGGAGUCACUGUGGGCCGGGUCCACGUACCCAUUGCCCCGGAGCUUCUAGCAUUCAACCCGAACACCGGCGCAGGAACCAUCAUCGACUCCGGCACGGUCAUAACCCGGUUUGUCCAACCCGUGUACGAGGCAAUCCGGGAUGAGUAUAGGAAACAACUGAAGGGCCCGUUUUCAACACUGGGGGCUUUCGACACGUGUUUCGAGGAGAGCAAUGAGGAGUUGGCGCCCGCAAUUACGCUUCACUUGACGGGGUUGGAUUUGAAGCUGCCAAUGGAGAACAGCCUGAUUCACAGCAGCGCCGGGACGCGGGCCUGCUUGGCGAUGGCGGCGGCGCCGAGCAACGUUAACUCGGUGUUGAAUGUGAUCGCCAAUUUGCAGCAACAAAAUCUCAGGAUCUUGUUCGACGUUGCCAAUUCUCGCUUGGGAAUUGCACGUGAACUUUGCAACUAGUUUUGUUGUGUUUUUCUGGUGUAUAAAUCUUGUGUCUAAACUUGUUGUUAAGGCGGAUCAGGAUUAUGACUUAGUUUGGUGGUGUUGUGAAUUUUAUUACUUUUAAUUGUAUUAAAGGAAGAAGUAGCUGUUGCAAGAAA